UUACAGUAAAGCAUGACAGUAAUCAUUUAGUUCGCUUACGGGUAGCCAGUUUUGUUUGACGUAGCCUAUUUUUCGUUAUUUAUAAUUUAAAAUUCGAAGAUCAGACAUGUUCCAAAAGAAGAUAGUGGUGGUGGUGGUUCUGCUAGCUGUAUGGUUCCUACAAGUAGCCUUAGCUAAGUUUGGCGAGGAUAUAUCCGCUAACAACGAGGAUAAUACAUUUCAGGAUAUGGGUCAAGCUACGCUAGAGAAUUUCAACGUACAUGAUGGCGCCAUGGACAUCGUCGUCAACAUUGAAGAUACAGUGAACGUUCCAGAAAUUUGGAUACUUGAUUUUGAACCGUAUUUAUUCAAUAUGAAUGAACUUCCUAUAGAAGAAGCAACAGGAAGAUUAGUGGCGAAAAAUACAGGCAAUUGUUCAUCUGUGUUUGAAAAUGCUGAAUUCACGGACUAUUUGAGCGACAAUUACUUCCAAGAUCAAGACACAUCAGCUCUAACUACGAAUGGUAAAGAAUUGUUUACAAGUUUUGUACGGGGAGAUUCAGUAGACGAAAAUAACCGCCGUACGGACCAAAUGGUUGCGAGUACAGGCAUGGAUGUGUUUUUUGGGUGCCAAAAUAGCAACUCUGAGUCGAUUUGGAAAAUGACACAUGAAGAAAACGACGACGAACUCGAAUACAGGACGAAUUUGUACAUGACCAACGUGCGUCCAAAGGAUCCGAAUAGCGCUUCAGAUGGCAUUGCGUUUGUUCAGAGUCAUGUUGAACUUAUUUGGAGAAUCAGCCGAACGGCAAUCGCAAAUGUGAUAAUCAGUUCCACUGCUAUUAUAUGGCCGAUGGUUGACCAUGUACGUGUUUCAGCAGUGUUUGAUGAAAGUGGAGAGCCAAUUCCAGACAGAGCUAAACUCGAACUCAGGUUCACAACGGUUGCCGACUCAGAGACACAGAUGGCAGUCUACAAAGAGGGCAGUUUAGACUUCCUCCCAGAAAAUAUACAAAAUCAAGUGGUAGAUGUUGAAAAAUUUCCACCUUCCACUAUUGAAGAUACACCAGCCUGUCAAUUUUCCUUCGACAGACAAACGGGACUUCAGAAACAAUGUCAUCAAACGUGGGAUUUCACGAUUGUACUCGACAUUGAUAUACCGCUAGUAGACUUCACUAACGAAAUACCGAUAGAUGCUAGUGGUCAGUUCGAUUUCAAGUUCGAUCUCUACGAUUGCGACGCGCCAAGCAAUGACGUUUUAGAUACCUCAACGUGCGAACUUGUGGAUGAUGCUGUAACCGUUUCCACUGUGAUCACAAUUCAAACUACAAUAUUUGUGCGUGAUGAGGAAGCAGAUGCAAUUACUAUUAUACUCAUUGCAUUGAAAGGCGUGAAUGAGGAUUCAUUGAAUGUUCCCGAGGCGAUUCGAGGUGUGGCACACAUGGAGCCGGUCACCAUGGACGUGAAAUUUUCACCGUCUCUCUUAAGACAAGAUUUCACUUUGGAUCUGACGCUUCUAAUGGUCUGUAUUGGUGAGAAAUAUGCUGGAGACGGAUAUCCUCACGGAUGCUUGGAAGCCCCGCCUUCGGAACGCUAUGUGGCCCACAUGGACCAAGAGUUUUUGUAUGGCAACUACACUCCGUCUGACCUCUCUGAAGAUGUCGUACAACCACUUGAUUCAGCUACAUAUAUUGAAACAGAGGAAAAUGUAGCCCUUGACGUUCCAUAUCAUCGAUCCGUUUUUACAAACGUAGCGCUAUCAGCAAUAAGGAGCAACUACACGAUAACAACGGUUUACAGAUUAAUGGAGAAGACGCGAAGAAAACGAGAUCUCCAACAGAAAACCGUUUUCUCCAAGCAUGCCAUCUCUGAGCGUUCACAGAUCGUUGACAAUCACCGAGUGAGAAGAUCACUCGAAGAGGACACCGAAAAUGACCACCUAAAUCAGGUUGGGUACAUUGCAGCUGGGUGCCCUGCAAAUGCGAUCCACGACGCGGAGACUUUUGAUUGUGUUUGUCCAGCCGAAUCCCACUACAACAACAGGAUGCUGCAAUGUAUGUUCGAUGUGGAUAUGACACUUGGCGAAUCUGACGAUGCCAGGCCUAUAUUUUCUGUUGCGUCAGUUAUGAUGAUUAGCUUAUUCUUAUUAUGUGUAAUGAUUCUGAAACAAUAGGCAAUUAUUUAAAUUUAACUGGGAUUAUGAAACAAAUUAAUGAAUAUUUAAAAAAAAUUUAUAAAUCAACUUUAUUUUCAAAAUGAAUAAAUACUUUGUAUAUCCUGGA